AUGUCUCCUUAUAUGUCCAUAACUGCGCACUAUGUCUCAAAAGACUGGAGAUUAAAAUCCAAAUGUCUCGAGACAGCUUUUACCCCAGAGAGUCACACCGCGGCGGUGCUAGCUGAAGCACUCCAGGAUGGGUUGCAAGCAUGGGGAAUAGGAGAAGAGAAAGUCGUCUGCAUUACAAGCGACAACGGAGCCAACAUCGUUGCAGCUGUUCGUGAUCUUAAGUGGCCAUGGAUCAGUUGUUUCGGGCAUAAUUUGAACUUAGCCAUCAACAAUGCCUUGAAUAAAGAAAAAAACAAAACGGACCGGGCUUUCGGAGUGUGUCGCCAAAUAAAUGGAGCCUUUUCACACAGUUGGCAAAGGCGACAGCAACUCAGGAAAGAGCAAGAGCAACAGGGGAUAAAGAAACCGCUUUCUUUAAUAACUGAUUGUGCAACGCGCUGGGGCAGCAAAUAUGCCAUGACAGAGAGGAUUCUCACCCUGCUGCCUCACAUCAGAAAGGUUUUUGCUGAUGACAGGAGUCGGCGCACACUACCAACCAUUAGCUGGCAAGAUGUAAGCGUGCUGGAGGCUUUCACAGAAGGCCUGAAGUCUGUAUCUGAAUUUACAGACAUCUUGUGA